AUGGCUGUAGAAAGGGAGGAUAAUGAGCUUAGUGAGGCAGUUAGAGGGCUGUUUGCAACAUUGAGAGGGGAACUUGCAGCAGUGAAGGAGGAGUUGGCAGCUGUGAAAGGGGAGGUGGCAGCAGCAGCGGCGGAUAAGGCGGCACGGCAGAGUGACCGAGGGUUAGUGUUGGAGGAGAGGAGGUGCGUUGUGAAGAACGAGGUGAAUGAGUUGAGGCGCACGCCUUGCAUUGGGCUCGCCCCAUCAGCCAUGGCUCAGAUGACUUCAGUGCCCAUGCUGCUGCCAGGGCUGCUGAUCGCCCUCCUUCUCGCAGCUGCCAUCGCGAAGCACGGCAAUUCUCAGAUGGCGGGAUUGAGUGAGGCUGUUGGAGCUGUCAUGGCGAGUAUGGCCGGAGCACAGGAGUGGACAGAGGCGAUGGAAACCAGAAUGAGGGCGCUUGGCGUGCAGGUGGAAGAUACAAUGAGGGAGUUGGCAGCAGCCAAGGGGGAACUGAGUGAGGAGGCUAGAAAGGGAGAGGAUAAAAUGAGAGCAAAGUUGGCAGUGGAAAGGGAAGAGAGGAGGAGGGAGGUGCAGGAGUUGAAUUGGCCACGUGUCAUGGAGGAAUUAGCAAUAUGUAAAGAAUGGCAAAGGAUCAAAGAUACAGAGCUGUAUCUUGAUCUGCAAAUCAGCCAGAGUAAAGGCGACCGGAAGACUGCAUGGGAG